AUGAAUGUGGCUCGCUAUGACUUUGCGUGCGCUGAGGUGGACGGGCGGGUGUAUGCAGUCGAGGGUUGCAGGGCAGAAGGAGAGUCCCUCUCGUGUGCAGAGGUGUACGACCCGGAUGCGAAUGCAUGGGCGUCUAUCGAGGGCCUUCGCAGGCCGCGCUGGGGCUGCUUCGCGUGUGGGUUCGAGGGGCGGGUGUACGUGAUGGGUGGGCGGUCGAGCUUCACGAUUGGGAAUUCACGGUCAGUGGAGGUGUACAGCCCCGGGAAGGGUGCGUGGGUGCAGAUGAAGAAGGGGUGCGUCAUGGUCAAAGCUCAUGCAGUGGUUGGGGACAGGCUGUGCUGCAUGGAGUGGAAGAACGAGCGGCGUCUCGCGGUCUUUACACCCGCAGAUAAUUCUUGGAAGCUCGUGCCCGUCCCUUUGACGGGAGCGCAAGCAUUGGUUUCCGCUUCGGGAUAUUGGAUGAGAAGCUUCUACUGUUCUCAGUGCAGGGAGACCCGGGGUAUUGCACGCUCAUGA